GUAUUUUGUUUUCCUCGUCGUAUCGCUCGCAUCGUUUUUCGAUUCUGUUCGUCUGCGGAGGUCGUGUGUGUGUGUGAGGAAGAAGAGAGGAGAAUAAACAAGAAGUAGAAGCCGCAGCAAGGAAGCCUCAAAAGGAAAAUUCAAUUCCCGAAAAUCUUAUCAAUGAGCAUUUCAUAGCGUUAGCCGCUAGAAUCAUUUUAAAAUAAAAUCAGCAAAAUGCCUACGAUCUAAUCGCGUUUUUUUGCUUGAUCGUUUUAAAGUCUUUGAUAGUGCGUCCCGGGCCCUCUCUGGCCUGCGCGAGUGUGUGUUUUUGUGUGUCGCCGUCGCCGCCGCCACCACGCCUACACGCUCGAGAAUGGCUGCCUCGGUCUACCAUCGCCUACAAAGCGUCGCCGUCGGCAGCCCCAGCACCAGCUCCAUUUCCUUCUCCUCGUCCGCGUCGCCCGGCGCUUCCUCCUCAUCGUCGGCGCUGCUGAGCCACUCGCAGCUGACGCGCUCCCUGGAGCGUAUCCUUGAGGAGGCGCACUUCAGCGGGGAGCUGAUCCUCACCAAUCGCAAGCUGAAGGACUUUCCCAAGACGGGCACCAAGUACGCGCUCACGGAUACGGUAAUUGCAGAUCUAUCCCGAAAUAGAUUCUGUGAACUGCCGGAAGAGGUGACAACGUUCGCUUUUCUGGAGACGCUGCUGCUCUACCACAACACGAUCCGCAGCAUACCGGAGUCGGUGAAGCAGCUCUCCUCGCUGACCUAUCUGGAUCUGCGCAGCAAUCAGCUGUCUUCGCUGCCACGCGAGAUCUGCUUCCUGCCGCUGCAAGUGCUGCUCGUGUCCAACAAUCGCCUGGUCUCGCUGCCCGACGAACUGGGACGCCUGGAUCAGACCCUCACCGACCUGGAUGCCUCCUACAAUCAGCUGUCGGCCCUGCCGGCCCGUCUGGGGGAACUGCGAACACUGCGCUCGCUGUCGCUAAGGAGCAACCAGCUGAUGUAUCUGCCCCGAGAGCUGACGUGCCUCAGCCUGGUGUCGCUGGAUGUGAGCAACAAUCGGAUCGCCAGCCUGCCGCUGGAGAUACGACACAUGAGCACUCUGGUGGAGCUGCAGCUGGAGAACAAUCCCCUGACCUCGCCCCCAGCCAGUCUCUGCAUGAGGGGCCUGGUGCAUGUGUUCAAGUUUCUGGAGACGCAGGCCACCAAAGACGAGAAGGGCUCCCGAUCGGGUGGGAAUUACGAUGGCUAUACCACGCUGCGGCGUGCCCCGCGCCACAAUUCGAGCGGCAAUGUCCUGGAGGCCAGCACCAACAGCAGCAGCAAUCAGCGGCGGCAUCAGAUUGACUCCGGGUACAGCACCAGCGAUGGCCUGGACAAGCGCUGGUCGCACGACAAUCCGCCCAAGUCCAAGACAGACUCCCCCCUGCACUGCUCGAUGGCCGCCACCCUGCCGCGGGCCGUGGCACCCAGCGCCAUUCACAUGCAUGCCGAUCUGAUGGACGCCUCGCUCACGUCCAGCACCAGCACCAUUGUCGAUGAGAGCCUCACCCUCAGUCCCACGAGCUCGCCCUGCAAGCUCAGCUACGCGCACUCGAACAGCUCCAGCAAUGGCUCGUCGCCGGACCAGGACGAGGACCUCAUGAUGGACCAGGACCCCCAGGAACGGUCACUCCAUGCCAGCAAUGGCAAGUCCAGCAAGAGCCUCAACAACAUUCAGACCUACAAGGAAUAUAAAGAGGCGCUGAAACAGCAGCGCAACCAGGAGAUCAGUGUCUACAAGCAGAAACAUCCGAAUGCCAAUCACAGUCCCAAUGAUGACGAUGAGGAUCAAUCGCCACCAGCGCUCAAUCCGCAUCCAACAGCUGGCCUGAUCAACGGCGGCUCCAGCACACUGCCAAAGUCCAUAAUGAAACAAUCGAGUCUGAAUAGCAACCAAAAUGGUCACAACGGAAAUGGAAACGGGAAUGGGAAUGGAGUCGAUGACGUUAUUAUACCAAAGAAACCCAUACAGAAGGUGAUACCCUCGCGGAAUACGGAGAUAAAGUCUGCAUCGCCAUCGGGAAACUCCAAUGCCGCCGCCUCCGCUGAUUGUCUGGGCUACGUGAAGCCCCAGAGUCCCAUGAAGAACGGCACAAACAAAUUCAAUACGUCCAAUGGUGGGGGAGGAGCCACAUCUACAUCGGGAACCGCCAGCACCACGAGUGUCACCAUCAAAUCCCCAGUGAGCACCGUCACCAAGCUGGGCACGGUGAAGACCCAUCGCUCGGUUACAUGGAACCAUGACAUACCCGCCGAGAAGCUGAGCUUUACGAUGCGUCGGGAGUUUGAUCGCCAGCGUGAGGAAACCGAAUUGAUGUCCCAGUUAAGGAGUAUCAUUGAAACACGGCUGAAGAUGACGCUGCCCGUGGAUAUAGCCUCGGCCUUGACCGACGGCGUUAUUCUAUGCCAUUUGGCCAACUAUGUGCGUCCCCGUUCAGUGGCCAGCAUCCAUGUGCCGUCGCCUGGUGUGAACAAGCUGACCAUGGCUAGAUGUCGGCGGAAUGUGGACAACUUCUUGGAGGCCUGCCGUCGCAUUGGCGUAGAUGAGGAGUUGAUUUGCUCCUGUGAAGAUGUUGUGCCACAAAUUGAACAACAAUUGCCACGCGCUGACGAUGACUAUGAUGCUGAUGUAUAUGUCAAUAAUGAUGAUGGCAUCAACGGCAGCAGCAACAACCACAACAACAGCUAUAACAACAAUCAUAAUAAUGAUGUUGCUUGCGCUGGCCGAGUGCCAAACGCAUUGGCCCUACUGCACACAGUGUCCGCUCUGAUUGCCUUGGAUGCGAAUCCACAUCAUCAGCAGCACAUACAGCAAGAGCUGCACCAGAGACUGCAACAGUUGAAGCAUCAAUCGGUUGUUGUUGUGCAACAGAAAGAGCAGCAGCAGCAGCAACCAGAGCAAGAGCAAGAGCAAGAGCAAUUAACUGAGACAACCUGCAGCCAACAGCAAGAACAGAUGUUGCAGCAACAACAACAACAGCUAGACCAUGUUUUAUAUGAGAAUUGUGAGAUAAUCAAUGGCAAAGAAGCUAAUGCUAAUGAUGAUGUUGAUGAUGAUGUGGUGGGGAUCCAUCAAGUGGCCAGGCAGCAGCAACAGCAGCAGCAUCUGAUGGCAGUGGGGCAAAUGCUGCGCACGGCCAAGCAGAAGACCUUCGAGAAGAUCAAGCACAAUCUGCUCAGCGCCCAUGGCCAGCACACCUUCCAGAGCAGGAGCAACAGCAGCAACAAUAACAAUCGCACAUUGCACACCAUCGUGGAGAGCGAACAUGAUGUGGCCACCGCUGGACCGGCUGGUCACUAUCACCUCAUCGACGAGAAGCAGAAGCAGCAGCAGUCCAAGUCGGAGGAGUCCAAGGAUCUGGCAGCAGUCCCCGUUCCAGUCUCCGCUGCCGCAGCCAAGGAAGCCAUCAGCAGGCGGAUAGAGUUCUUCGAACAGCAGAGGAAUGGCAAGCCCCAGGUGGAGGUCUUCAGCAUCUAUCGCAUCGGAGAGGACAAACAGCAGCAGGAGCAGCUACAGCUGCAGCAGAAGAAACUCAAGUCCAAGGACAACGAAGCAGGAACUUCGUUGCUCAAGCACGAUUCGCACACCCUGACAGUGGUCCUGUCGUGCGUCUUCAUAACCACCUUCCUUUGGCUUAAUCUCAUUUGCUGCGCUGCCGAUGUGUUGGAGGGGAAAGGUGCUGUCCAGGUGGCCAUCACGGUCGGCGAACUCUUUCGGCUGCAUGGCUCUGGUGCCGUUUGUGGUGCUAGCGGUGGCGGUGGCAGUGGCAACAGCAGCGGAUCAGCCACACCAACCAAAUCCCCAACUAGGAUGACGCGUGCCACUAUGUCGCCGACGCCGAUGGCCUAGACGGCGAGGAGGAGGUCCUGCUCACUGAAAUGAUGAAGUAUUUCCGAUCAUCUACUUAUGGAUAGCUGAAGAAAAGGGUUUCCUGAUGGCCGCCAUACACAUAGUUAUAGAUACACACACACUUAAUUCAUACAUACAUUAUUUGAAACCCAAAUGUGUGAUGAUUUGUUGAUAUUUCUCCCUCACUUAUGUAUUUUUCUAGGUUUGUAGUUUAUUUAUGUACAUACACAACACGAAAACACUCACUCAAAAGAAAAACAAAAGGAAAAAACCAAAAAAACACUCAACACAAACAAAUUUUAAAUGAAUUUCAGUAUUUGAAAUUGUAGAAGUCACAAGUUAUUUAUUCGAGUUUCGUUUUGUUGUUUGAGAGCCAUAGCUAGGGUCUAGCAAGCACUGAAAAUGUGUUCUAAUCUGUUAUACUUUCUUUGUCAUACCACAUACAUACAUAUACGAAUUUUUUGGCCAAAAUUUCGACUAGCGAUUGAAUAGCAUACUGAAUACUGUUUUAAGUAUAUCCCACAUACGAACACAUCCAAAUAUAAAGAUAUAUGUAUCGGGUAUAUAUAUGCAUACAUACAUAUAUUGUGACUAAUCUUAUAGCAUAUUUAUUAUGUAGCUUAGCUGUAGACCUACGAUUAACUGUGGUACAUCUUUUCUACCAGCUCCGCAUCAUUUAUACGAAUCGAAUUGUAUUAGACACAUAAGUCUUCGAUUAAACGAGUACACAUCCAUUAUAUAUCAAAUAAAAACUGAGAAAUUGUCAUACGUAAA